GGCUGGGGGGUCCUAGCGGGCAGGCGGGCAGGGUUUACGGAGGACAAGGCCGCGGCCACCGAGCGUCGCCCGCCCGCAAAGCGAGGAGUCCCGAGGGAGGCCGCCCCCGACCCGGAGAGAGCCUGCGGCGGAGCCGGGAGGGCGAAGGCCGGCACGAGUGUGCGUCCCUCGGACUGGCCGGUUCCCGGGGCUCGCGGAGGCCGGGGAGCGAGCGGGGCUUGCAGACGGCGAGGCCCGUUCGGACCGCGGAGUGCAGGGCUCCGCCGGCACCCAAGGCGGGGAAGGGCGGCUGCCGGCGAGGACAGGGGACCCGAGAUGGCCGGCGCAGGCCUGGACUUGGAGCGCCGUGGGGCAGGGCCUGUGGCUGCACCGGCGGGCCGCGUCCCCCUCCGACCCUCGGAGUUCUCCGCGCAGUGCGCGCCCGGCCCGACCUGCUGUCCUGCCCGCACAGGAUGCCCGAGGGCCCCGAGCUGCACCUGGCCAGUCACUUCGUGAACGAGGCGUGCGGGGCGCUGGUGUUCGGCGGGCGCGUGGAGAAGUCUGCGGUCAGCCGCAACCCCGAGGUGCCCUUCGAGAGCAGCGCCUACCGCAUCUCGGCCCUGGCCCGCGGCAAGGAGCUGCGCCUCUGGCUCCGACCCCUGCCCGGGGCCGGGCCCUGCCGGGAACCACUGGCCCUGGUCUUCCGCUUCGGCAUGACCGGCUCCUUCCAGCUGGCGCCCGGCGAUGCGCUGCCGCGCCACGCCCACCUGCGCUUCUACACCGCCGGCCCCGGCCCCCGGCUCGCCCUGUGCUUCGUGGACGUCCGCCGCUUCGGCCACUGGGAGCUCGGCGGCGAGUGGCAGCCGGGCCGCGGGCCGUGCGUCCUGCGGCAGUACGAGCAGUUCAGGGAGCACGUACUGCGCAACCUGGCGGACAAGACCUUCGACCGGCCCAUCUGUGAGGCCCUGCUGGACCAGAGGUUCUUCAAUGGCAUCGGCAACUACCUGCGGGCAGAGAUCCUGUUCCGGCUGAGGAUCCCGCCCUUCGAGAAGGCCCGCACGGUUCUGCAGGCCCUGCAGCAGCGCAGGCUGAGCCCGACGCUGACCCUGAGCCAGAAGAUCAGGGCCAAGCUGCAGAACCCGGACCUGCUGGAGCUGUGCCACUUGGUGCCCAAGGAGGUGGUGCAGCUGGGGGGCAAAGGCUACGGGCCGGAGCGCGGGCAGGAGGACUUCGCUGCCUUCCGGGCCUGGCUGCGGUGCUAUGGAGUGCCAGGCAUGAGCACCCUGCAGGACCGCCUCGGGCGCACCAUGUGGUUCCAGGUGGGGGCUGAGCCCCCAGGGGGCUGGGGGGUGCUGCCCCAAUCCGGGCCCCGUCCUGAUGUGUCCCUGUUCCAUUCCAGGGGGACCCUGGGCCCCUGGUGCCCAAAGCACCAGUGUCCUGCAGGGGCCAGGUCGCGCAAGAGGAGAUCCCGGAAGACACAGCCGGGUCCGGUGGACAGGACGGAGGACCCUCCCCCUCCCCCUCCGCCCAAGACCGCGUCCAGGAAACCAAGAGCCAAAAAGGACCCUUCCAAGGCUGCGGCCCAGCGGAGCCCCCGAGGAGGCCGGGAGGAGGGGCGGCAGACAGCCUCAGGUGGGCGCACUCCAGCAGCCUUCUGGGGAGGGGAGGAGAGCAUCAGGGGCCCCAAGGGGCGGGAGCGAGCCCUUCCUGUCUUUCCUCCAGGCCUGCCGAGCCCGGAAGCUGAAGGCUGACUCCCCACCCCUGGACCCUGAGGGGGCCCCAACCCCUUAGCAGGAGGCCCUGAUGCGGGGGCCUGUGUGGGUCCAAGGAAGCAGGCAGCCUGCAGGGGCUGAGCACCCCAGCCCUGUGGUGUCGUGGUUUUAGGGGUGCCCCGUUUUAACAUUUUUAAGCCCACGUGGGAAACGCUGGAUUUUAAAUAAAUAGAUAA